AGAAACCAAACGUCAAGUCAAAGUCGUUAAUUGCUGGAGAUCCAUCGUCUUUGUCCUUGUGUUUAGGUUUUGAGAAUGCAAGCAGAUAUUUAACAUUAAUCUAUAACACAAGGUUUUGUCUCUUGCUACUAUGUUUAUGCGUUUGAGUAUUUUGUUUCAACUAUUUAAAAGUGGCUAAUAUAGCUUGUGUUUAUUUCCCACAGUCAGUUAUUUGUUGACGUGACAAACUGGCGUUUUUGAAGGUCGGCCUUCUUACCACUGCUCUUCGGGCCCAAAACGUCGAAGGGGUGGAGAUGUCUGUAAGGUUAUACAUAACUAGGUUCUUACAACAUGGUAAAAUCUUCUUCCGAAGUAUUAGGCCACACCAGGAAGUGGGAAAAAUCAACAUAUUACCCCAAGGAGGAAAGAUUGAGGCUGCUAAAAAUAGUGUAAGCCCACCUAACACUGGUGUGUUUGGUUUACCAUCACACCUCAGUUCAGCAAGAAAGUUAUUUGUUGAUAAUGUUCUGAAGAGAGUUACAAAUUCUUUGGCCACAGAGUUACGAAGAAAAACAACCAAACAAUUACUAAGUGGGAAUUCUGCACCAUUUUUUGCUUUAGUUGGAGUAAGUCUUGCAUCUGGAACAGGAAUAAUUACCAAAGAGGAUGAAUUGGAUGGAGUUUGUUGGGAAAUCAGGGAAGCAGUUAGAAAGAUGCAUCAAAACAUGUUUCAAGUAGAGACAGAAAUGUUCGACCAAGAAACUGCGAGUUUUGAGAAACUGGAAGUUGGACCCAAAAUUGCCAAAGGGAGCAAUGCUGUUGUUUAUGCUGCGAGACAGAAAGAAGAUCCUUUAUCGGAAACAUUCCACACACAAGAACCAAUAGAAGGAUUCCCUUAUGCGGUGAAGAUGAUGUUUAACUACGAUGCAGAGUCCAAUGCCUCUGCAAUUCUUCGAUCGAUGUACUGUGAAACCGUUCCAGCGAGGGUACAUUAUUCAAACUCCGAGUUGAUUGAAUGGGAGCAAAGCAUGGAAGAGCAUGCCGUGGUGCUGCCGCCACACCCCAACAUUGUAGCCAUGCAUUGUGUUUUCGCUGACUGGGUUCCGUCCAUUCCUGGUGCUAUCUCGGACUAUCCUGACGCUUUGCCUUCUCGCCUCAAUCCUGACGGCUCUGGCAGAAACAUGAGCCUGUUUCUUCUCAUGAAGAGGUACGACUGUAGUCUGAAGGAGUAUCUCAGGGAGCAGAAGCCAGAUGUGAGAGAAGCCAUCCUGCUCUUGACACAGCUGCUGGAGGCUGUGGCACACAUGACCAAGUAUGGGGUGGCACAUAGAGACCUGAAGAGCGACAAUGUGCUGCUGGACCUGUCCGAGGGCAGUGGUUCUUGUCCCAUGUUGGCUGUCUCAGACUUUGGCUGUUGUCUGGCUGACAGGACUGUGGGUCUAUCAAUGCCUUUCCGCACUCUCGAUACCAACCGUGGCGGCAACGCUGCUCUCAUGGCUCCAGAGGUUGCCUGUGCCACUCCUGGUCUAUUCACAUACAUAGACUACUCCAAGUCUGAUGCCUGGGCAGUUGGCACUAUUGCUUACGAGCUGAUGUCAGAGCAAGGCAAUCCAUUCUACCGCUCUGCCUCCACCGGUGCCAUCCUCCGAAACACUUCUUAUACAGAUACCGACCUCCCCCCACUUGACGAUGCUGUCCCUCCAGUUGUCUCCAGGCUUGUGCAUGACCUGCUCGCUAGGAAUCCUAAUCAGAGACCCAGUGCUGAGGUGGCAGCUACUGUUUGUCAGCUGUUCCUGUGGGCACCCACCUCCUGGCUCAACCCUCUGCACACAAGAGCAUUGCCCAGCAGCAGUGAGAUAUUGCAAUGGCUGCUGUGUCUUACUACGAAGGUGCUGUGUGAGGGGCGGCUUCAGGGGGUGACAGGAGCAAGACGUACUGCUACCGAGUACCAGCUGAUCGCUUGUUUCCUGCAGCGCGCCAAACUGUCCAUCAUCCGCCAAGCUCUCAACUGGAUACAUCUCCGAUAAUUUAUCAAAUAUCAGCUUUAAUAUGUGAUAUUCUGGUGAAAGAAGCUUUUGUAUUUUAUUUGCUAAUCAAUAGUUUUAACUUUGUCAUAUGUUGUGUUUCCUUUUUAAUCUGUUUGUGAAGUUUUAUUUUUAUUCGAAAACAUGGUUAUCACAUAGUAAACUAUCUAUAAAAUGAAAUAUAUUUUCAAAUUUAGAAACCCCUUUACAUUAUGUAGUUAAAUAUGCUGAAAAUUAGUUUUUGGUUUAAACAAAUAACCAUGUGAAAUUAAAUCAAAAAUACAUUUGGUACAAAUCAUAUUUAUUUUGUGUUUGGUCUAUUAGUCUACUAGAAGUUAUGUAUUUUACUAUAUUGAAAAUUAUAUUACUUAAUUAACAUAUAGUAAAUACUAAACAGCAAUUCAUAUCUAAAUCCCAUUGUUUUUUUAGAGUUUCAAGGUGAUUUACUUUGUUUUGAGUACUUACUACUUCUUUGUUAUGAAUUACUUAAUAAUUACUUUUUGUUUGAUAACCUAUCCAUAACUUAAAAAUUGUAUAAUUGAUUAUAGCCAGUUUUUAAUAUUUAUUCAAUAUAUUAAUUAAAUGCAUAGUACUUCAAUAUAAAAUUUUAAAAUUAUAUUUUGUUCAAAGUAUUUAGUCACAUCUCCUUUGCAAAAUUUUGUUUCAGUUGGUUUGUAUAUUGAUUUUAGCAUAAAUUAGCUUUAUAUUAACAAUGUUUAGAAUUUAAAAUUAUUUAUAUUAAAUUGUAUUAUUAUUCAUGUCAACUUUUAUUUAUAAUUUUGUUGGAAAUUAACUCUGGAAUUCAAGGAGCAAAUGUAUUGAAGAACUGAUGUACAGCUUUUGGCGUAUUUGUACAGAGUUGUGUAUAGGAAUUAAAGUUUGAUUGUCAAUUACGUGUAUUAAUAUAUAUUAUUUUAUUUUUGUUCCAUAAA